AUGGGCCCGGGCCUCCUGAGCAUCCUGCUGCUGGUCCUGGGGCGCUCCCUCUGGUCCUCGGAGCACCACCCACCCGAGCGGAGGAGGGGGGGGCUCGGCUUCUGGGGUGCGCUGGCCGCUGGCCUGCUGGGGGCCGAGGCCAGGCGCCUGGAGGCCACUGAGCAUCAGGAAAAGGAUUGUGGAACGGCCCCGUUGGUGGAUGUGUUAAAAGGUUCUCGGAUUAUAGGGGGCACAGAAGCGCAAGCUGGUGCAUGGCCGUGGAUAGUGAGCCUGCAAGUCCAGUCUGGCAGUAUUCUCAUUCAUAUAUGUGGAGGAAGCUUAGUGAAAGAGAGGUGGGUCCUCACAGCUGCCCACUGCAUUAAAGACUCCAGAAAUCCUGUAAUAUGGAGAGCUGUGAUUGGAACGAAUAGAAUUAAUGUGAGCUAUUCAUACAGUAGGAAGAUCAAAAUCAACGCAAUCAUAGUCCAUCCAGACUUCAAUUUGGAAUCUUAUGUAAAUGACAUUGCUCUUUUUCAGUUGAAAAAAGCAGUGACGUAUAAUGAUUAUAUUCAACCCAUUUGUCUACCUUUUGAUGUUUUCCAAAACUUGAACCAAAGGACAAAAUGUUUCAUAAGUGGCUGGGGAAGAACACAGGAAACAGGUAAUGGUACAAAUACCUUACAGGAAGCAGAGGUGCAUUUUAUUUCUCGAAGCAUGUGUAAUUCUGAGAAGAGUUAUGGGGGAAUCAUUCCUAACACUUCGUUUUGUGCAGGUGAUGAAGAUGGAGUUUUUGAUUCUUGCAGGGGUGAUAGUGGUGGACCGCUAAUGUGCUACUUGCCAGAACAGAGACGCUUUUUUGUAAUGGGAAUUACCAGUUACGGACAUGGCUGUGGUCGAAAAGGUUUUCCUGGUGUCUAUAGUGGGCCCUCCUUCUACCAAAAGUGGCUGACAGACCACCUCUACCAGAAAAGUACCACUAAAAGCAGAUCUAAUAAAAAUAUUUUACUCGGGCAGGUCCUCAUAGUCUUACUUUCUGUUGUCUUACUAGUAACUACAUAAAAAAUCUGAAGACUUUAAUAACUUUAU